AUGACUAUUCUUCCUGCUUCCGUACUCCCUGAGGGAAUUUACACUCCAAUUACUACCUUCUUCAAAAAUGAUGCUGAUUACACUUUGGACCUUGAAUCCCAAGUUGAACAUGCAAAGUUCUUGUAUGAUCGAGGAAUAUCUGGUCUCGUUGUUGCUGGUUCAAUGGGGGAAACUCCACACCUCAGUAGACAAGAAAGACUGGCCCUCGUUUCUAGUUUAAGAAUGGCUAUUCCAGAUGAAAAUUUUAAAAUUAUUGCAGGCGCACCUCCAAUUGGUAAUAUUGAAGAAGCAAUUGAAGAAAUCGAUUCUGCAAGAGAUGCGGGAGCCGAUUUCAUGAUCCUUCUUGUUCCUGGUUAUUUUGGUCCCAAAUUGAUUAGCCAAGAAGGAAUCGUUGAUUAUUUUCUUAAAGUUGCUGAUAAGUCCUCCUUACCAAUUGUGAUUUACAAUUAUCCUGGGACUUCAAACAAUGUCACAAUUACUCUCGACAGUUUCAAGAAGCUCUCAGUCCACGAGAAAAUAGUUGCAGUCAAGUUGACUCAUUUCAAUUUGGAUUUGUAUACCAUGUUAGGUAGGGAUUCAGAACUUUGUCAAACUAAUAAUUUCAGACCUUUUACAGGACUUGGUCAAGUAUUGAUUCCAGCAUUAUCAGUGGGAAUUUACGGAGCUAUUGAUGGAAUGUCAGCCUUAUUCCCCAAGGUUAUGGUAAAGCUUUUAACUCUAUUCAAAGAGGGAAAGUUAAAGGAAUCAAGCGAACUUCAAUAUUUGGUUACUAAGGCUGACAUGAUGAUUAUGGAAUUGAAUGUCGUUGGUGUCAAACAUGCACUCAAACAGUUCUAUGGCUUUGGAGAAAGCUUAACAGGAAGGCCACCGCUCAGCAAGGAAGUCGACUUGAACGCUUACUCAAAGUACCAAGCUGACUUGAAUACUCUUGAUAAGAUAGAAAAGUCCCUCUAGAUGUUUAAUAUAAAUACCAUUUCUUCUCG